GCUGCAGACCAGGACGCAGACGCAGUGGGAUCAAGGCGCUACUCUUCCUUCCUCGCCUUGUUCCCACAAAGGAUCAUCAUCAUCGCCUUGAUAUUUCCACUCACCUCGCCAUCCUCGCCGCCAUGGCGCCCCACCGCAGCGAUCCCCUCUAUGGGUCAGGGGACGCCGCAUACACCAACACCUCGUCCUCUUCCUCUUCCUCGCCCUUCCCCUCGGGCUCCUCUUCAAGAGAGGAAGACGAAGUGGUGCAGCAAGUCACUUUCUCACCAGACGACUCCACUGAACUCGACGCAAAGCCCAUCGAUGUAUUCGCUCCCGACUUCUUGCCUCCAAUGAGCAAUUCAUGGCUAUCCUCGGUGUCAGGACAGGCUUCUCGCGCCACUUCGCCUCCCCAGCAGGUGGACAAUGACUAUCAAGAUGCCACUCAAGAAUCAAUGGGGGACUCCUUUGACCCUACGCUCGAGCUCAGAGAGGCUGCUGCUCUGGUAGAAUCAGGAAUCAUAUAUGACCCCGGUGCCGCCCUCUACGACUUCAGUGUCAGCAUCGACGCCCCUCCUGCGCCUCCUUCUACAGCUGCCUCUGACUCCUCCUCUUCAGUGGCCAGCACCUCGACGCAUACCCUUGAUAGUCAGCUUCGGCAGCUUACCCUUCAGGAUUUCACUGCCGCCAAGCCUCACCCUCGAGCCCUCUUCUGUCCCUCGACCAUGGAGUGGAUCUUCGUCGCGCCUGCAGAGGAGAUGCUGCAAGACUUGAAUCAGCUCUCUGCCCCUGGCUCGCUUUACCUGGAAGAAGCGCCAAAGUUCCCAAUCUAUACCACACGCAAAGCAAAUCAUCUCGAGGGCCCCUUUCGGGUACACGUGGACCCACUCACAAAACGCAGCUUCUUCUCUGCGCGGAUACCCUCCAGUAUCCCUCCUGGACUACUCCAUCGCAUCAGAGAUGAUCGGAAAAGCAACCCUCCCCCGGGCAAGACGGGACCAGAGGCGGUGCAGGAUGCCUUCAAGGUGCUGACCAGGAUACUGACCAAUGCUGCGAGGGAUGAUACCAGGACGCUGCCCUUGUCGUCUGCUACUAUCAGACAGAGGCUCGGCUACGAUGACAAUGUCAAGACCUUGUUCCGGAAUGUGGGCAUGUACAGCGUACUGCUAGACAACGGCAAUGAGGCGGUCCGCGCUUCAGAAGAAGACCAAGAUCUCACGCUACGGAAUCUUAUCGAAAUUGUGAUCUGGUUCCAGCACUACAAGCCCUCAUCAGACGCCACUCUAGACACCGACAAGCUGGGCUUCUCUGCACUCAGCGAGAGGGUGAUGCCGUCCGACUUUGCCGCUGCCUACCUCGGGUGGAGCCGGGCUCUUGAGACGGACGAGUACAAGUCCAGGGGCAACUUGGCGCACGAGUACAGGCCUGCUCUGGCAGUCUUGGGUGUGUCUGAAGACGCUAACGACGAUGUCCUACGGCUCAUGUAUCAAGCCAAUCUACAGCACCAGCCCAACAGACUCAUCGAGCUCUUUUCGGCUCUUGACAUCGUGCGGCAAAAGCAGAGGCCGCAGAGCGAGACCAUACAGAUGAUGUACGCCCUGGAGAAGAGUCAGGGCAAUCGCUUCACCAUUGAAGAGGUCAAUGAGGCUUAUCUCUGCCUCUUCAUCGAUCCCGAUUCCGGAAGAUCCGGUCAAUGGAGCCAUGCCGGCAUCUACGAACAGUACUGGAACCUGAUACAGAAGCUCGAGCAUGCGAGUAGCGAAAAGUACUCGAAGUCGAGGGAGUAUCAAGACGCUCUACGAACCAUCUCUCGCAGUCGUGGCGAUCCCCCUCUGCUUGCCGAGACGCUGUCGAUUCCUCUGCCCAUGGGCGUCUUCGAGGCUUGUGAAGUCCUCGGAUUGCCUGAGGGAGGCAAAGACGUCGACGAUGAUGGUGUCCUGACUUCUUUCCAGGUGCACAUGAUGGACGACCCAAGCAAGCAAGAGCAGCUGCAACAAGCAUUGGGCAUCAUCGCUCAGGACCGCAAGAGCGAUGCGCUUAUGAACUAUUUCCAGACUGGUGAAAAAGAAGAGGAGGGUUGGGGUAAACCCACUCUCCCGGCCGGGCUGAACAACAUCGGGAACACCUGUUAUCUAAACUCUGUCCUCCAAUACUUCUACGCUCUCAAGCCCCUUCGGGAACGAGUUCUGCAAGUGAGCCAAACUCCUGGAUCUGAAGAGCCGACGAUGGACAGCUCCAGAAGGGUGGGAGGAAGAGUCGUGACGCAGCACGAGGUGGUACGGUCGCAGAAGCUCGUGCAGCAGCUCGCGCUCCUCUUUGACGCCAUGAUGACCUCGCCUGCGCUUGCGGUCAGUCCAGAGAGAGACCUGGCGUACCUGGCGCUGGUCUCGGCUCGAGCGGAGGAGUUAAAUGAGCCCCCUGCGGGCGUGGUGGAAAAUGCGGCCGAGCCGAGUCCGCUCACUGGUGAACAGGAUCUCAUGACCUCGCCAGUAGAGGAGAGGAAUGGCACGCUCUUCAGCGGUCCUCGCACUGAUGAGGAGAGGGUUCACGUGGAAGGCAAGUCGGACUCGAUGGAGCUGUCGCGAUCGGACUCAGGAGUGCAGGCACCUGUGGAAACAGACGUACAGGACGAUGCUUCGAUGAAGGACGUUGAGGUGCACACUCAACCGCCCACCGGGAUGUUGGUGGACCUACGACCGGAAGCUGCUGAUGCACCAGAUGCGAAGCAUCCUACAAUCACACAGCUGGACCCAGCUACCGAAAAUUCGAAGGAUAUCCCCCAAUUGGAGGAGUCCGGCCAGCCUGCCACCGAGACCUCGCACUCGAACCAGAAUGAAGAAACUCUUCCGGCCUAUGAGCCUCCAAACCACGCGCCACCGCCGCCUCUUCCACCGAGACCUACCGCCACCGUCCCCGCCUCUGACCCUGUCCCUAAUGACACAUCACGCAAGAACUCACUCAUGAGCCUCGGCGCACAGCAGGACGUCAGCGAGUGUCUGGACAAUGUCCUCUUUCAGAUCGAAGUUGCGCUUGGCCAGCGUGAAGGCGCGCCCGAUUGCGAAAGCGCCACCAAAGAGCAAGGGGCGAGCGAAGACGAGAUCCUGCGUCUCUUCACUGGCAAGACUCAGCAGAGGGUGGAACAGAUCAGGUCAGAAGGCGAAGAAGUCAACGGCACAGAGUCUGGCUCUGCCUCUGCGCCUGCGCUCGGCGCUCGACCGCUUAAGGAGCGCACUCAGAGUACGCACGUCAAGAAUGAAAUCUUUACCAUCCUCCCUGUCGAGGUCCGAGAGGAGGGGCGGGACAUCUACGACUCUCUCGAUGGCUUCUUCGAGGAAGAGACCCUGACAGGCUCCGACGGCAGGGCGGUGAAGCGGACCGUGACUCUACUAGAACCACCGCCCGUCUUGCAGAUCCAGCUGCAGAGGGUGCAAUUCGACCGGGUGAGGGGAGCAUACAAGUCGCAGGCACAUCUUGAGACGGGAGAAUCCAUCUUCAUGGAUCGCUACCUGGAUUUCGCUCCACGCAACAUCGAGGAUGCAGAUACGGCGGCGCGAUUGGCCCAGAAGCGGGAAAAGGCACAUGCGAUUAGAAGGGAGGCAGCAGAGUGUAGAGCUAGAUUGGCGACGUUGGGCUCGCAGGACUUGUCGGCUGCUGAGCUGAUGAAGGAGAGGGCUGCGCAUCUGAAAGACACUGCCAGUAUCAGCGACGAUGCAAACAAGGACAUCAACGGCGAAGUCAAUGGCGACUCCGAAGAGACCAAGACACAAGGUUCCAAUGGCGCGGACGCCGCCGCCGACCCUAGCUCCGUGCCGACGCCAGCAGAAGGCUUCUCCUCCGGGGACUACGUCGACGAAGAAGUUCUUGCUCUCCUCCAAUCACAGAGUGAAGCCCUCGCCCUCGAAUCUCGCACUCUCACCGAGCGCCUCCAAUCUCUCAAGGCAGAAAGCGAGGCGCUUUGGGAGACGGAGAAGCGGGUGGAGUACAGGUUGAUGAGCGUCUUCAUGCAUAGGGGAGAGGCUUCGCAUGGACAUUACUUCAUCAAUCAGAGGAGGGUGCCGCUGGUUUUGGGUGCGGGAGAAGAGGAGGGGAAAGGGUGGUUCAAGUAUAACGAUGGAGUUGUUGCCGAAGCGCACGUGGAUGAUGUGCUCAAAGAUCAAACAGGCGCAACUCCCUACCUGCUCUGCUUUGUCCGCACCGAUGUGCAGGACUCUUCCUCGACGCCGGUGUUUGAGACGCUCAAGAGACUGAUAGACGAGCCUGUCAUGUAGGCUGUGUGGGUGCGGGCGUGAAGGAGGUGGGGCUAGACACUAGUAGGAUCAGAAUCGAUGAUAGAGAAAAGGGCCGCACAUGUUGAAAUGUCCAUAAAUGGGAUAUAGCUGGCGCUCAAGCAGUGGUAGCGGCGUCACUUGUUGAAAUUAGAGAAUCUGAGAUUACACAAGAUAAAA